AAACCCACAUGAGACACUGACCCCGGGCCCUGCGGCCGAAGAGGUCUGGUCAGAGCUAUGAGGGUGCUGGUUCAGUCAUGCUCACCGUGGACGACGUUCUGGAGCAGGUCGGGGAGUUCGGUUGGUUCCAGAAGCAAGCCUUCCUGAUCCUGUGCCUGAUCUCUGCCGCCUUCGCCCCCAUCUACGUGGGCAUCGUCUUCCUGGCCUUCACCCCGGACCACCGCUGCCGGAGCCCCGGGGUGGCCGAGCUGAGCCGGCGAUGCGGCUGGAGCCUGGCCGAGGAGCUCAACUACACGGUGCCGGGCCCGGGACCCGAGGGCCAGGCCUUCCCCCGCCGGUGCCGCCGCUACGAGGUCGACUGGAACCAGAGUGCCCUCGGCUGCGUGGACCCGCUGGCCGGCCUGGCCGCCAACAGCAGCGUCCUGCCUCUGGGCCCCUGUCGGCACGGCUGGGUGUACGACACGCCCGGCUCCUCCAUCGUGACCGAGUUUAACCUGGUGUGCGAUGACUCUUGGAAGGUGGACCUCUUUCAGUCCUGUGUGAAUGUGGGCUUCUUCCUGGGCUCCCUGGGCAUCGGCUACAUUGCAGACAGGUUUGGCCGUAAAGUAUGCCUCUUGGCCACCACCCUCAUCAGCGCCAUCCUGGGCGUCCUGACGGCGGUUGCUCCAGACUACACGUCCCUGCUGCUCUUCCGCCUGGGGCAGGGGCUGGUCAGCAAGGGCAGCUGGACGGCUGGCUACACCUUGAUCACAGAAUUCGUGGGCUUGGGCUACAGAAGGACGGUGGCGAUCCUCUACCAGGUGGCGUUCACGGUGGGGCUCGUGCUGCUCUCCGGGCUGGCCUACGCGGUCCCUCACUGGCGCUGGCUCCAGCUGGCCGUCUCUCUGCCCACCUUCCUCCUCCUGCUGUGCUACUGGUUUGUGCCCGAGUCGCCCCGAUGGCUGUUAUCGCAAAAGAGAAACACUCAAGCAGUGAAGAUAAUGGACCACAUAGCCCAAAAGAAUGGGAAAUUGCCUCCUCCUGAUCUGAAGAUGCUGUCUCUCGAAGAGGAUGUCACUGAAAAGCUGAGCCCCUCGUUUGCAGGCCUGUUCCGCACGCCGCACCUGAGGAAGCACACCUUCAUCCUGAUGUACCUGUGGUUCACCAGCUCCGUUCUCUACCAGGGCCUCAUCAUGCACAUGGGCGUCACCGGCGGGAACCUCUAUCUGGAUUUCUUCUACUCUGCUCUGGUCGAAUUCCCGGCGGCCUUCAUCAUCCUCAUCACCAUCGAGCGCUUCGGCCGCCUCUACCCGCUGGCCGGGUCCAAUCUGGUGGUGGGGGCGGCCUGCUUCCUCAUGAUCUUUAUCUCACACGAUCUGCACUGGUUGAAUAUCGUGGUAGCUUGUGUUGGCCGAAUGGGAAUCACCCUCGCGUUCCAGAUGGUGUGCCUGGUGAACGCUGAGUUGUACCCUACGUUCCUCAGGAACCUUGGAGUGAUGGUGUGUUCCUCCCUGUGUGACUUGGGCGGGGUCAUCACCCCCUUCCUGGUCUUCAGGCUGAUGGAGGUUUGGCAAGGCUUACCACUCAUUUUGUUCGCGGCUUUGGGGCUGGUUGCCGGGGGAAUGACGCUGCUUCUUCCGGAGACCAAGGGGGUCGCUUUGCCAGAGACCAUCAAGGACGCGGAGAACCUGCGGAGGAAAGCAAAGCCCAAAGAAAACAAGAUUUACCUUCAGAUCCAAACAUCAGAAUUCAACUCACAGGCACCUGAGAGAGAUGCUUCGCUGGGGACCGGGUGGCAGAGAUGAGGACGGAGUUAUCAUCUGAAGAAAUGCUCAGAAGCCCUAAGCUUUUCCUCCUACUUGCCUGCCCCUAAGUCAAUAUCAGUUCUAAAGAACACUAA